AUGCAACCUCCACUUCAUAGACUACCAGACUUUUACUUGAUGCUACCUCUAACGACCAGAGUGACAGACAGUAUCGACACUGUUGUACAUGCCCCAAUCUCGAACGAUGGUGACACUAUCAAACUUCUACAGCAGUCCUCGAACUAUGAGGCUGCUAAAGAUGGGGUUCAGCGCGAUGCUUCGGCAGCUCUGUCAAAUCCUUCACGAUACGGGUCUUCGACAAUGAAUGGGCCAUUCAUAUCAGACCUUUCGUCCCCCAGCAUCGAGGCCCUACGACUAUGGAACAGUCUGCGAUUCGUUCGUAUGGGCUGGUUGACUGCACUUGAGGCAGUCUCGUAUAUGGACCUCUUCUUUGAGAACAUACUCCCGCUAUCACCGGUAAUGGAUGACUUUUAUAGCCACCACGACAACCAUUACAAGCUGAUAACACAAGAACCUCUCCUCUGUUGCACGAUUCUCAUGAUAUCCUCACGCUUUCAUUGUCUCCAAGGUACUUCUAGCUGGUCAAGAAGCGUCGCUCUACACACUCGCCUUUGGGAUCAUUGCGAACAUCUCGUCAAUAGAAUUAUUUUCGGCCAAGAAAAGAAGUCUAAAGCAAAAACUCGAACGCUUGGAUCAAUUCAAGCCCUCAUUCUCAUGACUGAAUGGGCGCCUAGAUCGGUUUACUUCCCGCCCAAGUCAGAUGGCUGGGAUUCCGACCUACUCUUUCAGCUUCCUGACGAGCGUGACCAGUUAGAUGGAAACUCGGCAGAUGUGACCCAAGAUCUCCAGGGGAAUUGGUACCGAGAUGUUGUAGCACCCGCAAAGACAAUCGAUCGCAUGUCGUGGAUGCUGCUUGGGUGUGCAGUCACUCUUGGCCAUGAAAUCGGUUUAUUUAAUGCAACACGACUUAACUCGACAGUGAACGAUACACAGCACCACAGACUAAGCCACGUCUGGCUACGGAAGGUAAUCUUUAUUGCCGAUGAACAACUGUCCAGCCGAAAUGGACUUACAUCAGUGAUUCCUUCGAGCUUGAACUCAUCGGCCUUUGAACCCUGGAUAGGAUCUUCAUCUGGUAAGGAGGAGCAAACCCGCAAGUUUGUCAAUGGCCAACUGGCUCUUGCAGAGCUAGCUCGAUCAAUUUCGAAUACCCUGUUUUCUUCAAGAAUUACUACGCAGGAGCUUAUACAGAGCUACAAAUACGUGAGCAGCAUAGAAGAGUACCAGCAGAAACUUGCCGCAUGGCGAGAGGUAUACUUGGAUAAUCAAGUGUUGUCAUGGCACACAUACGAUCUGCUCGAAAUAGAGUACCAGUACGCUUCGGUAUUCCUUUACAGCUUGGGAAUGCAGGCUGUGGUCGAUCGGUCCUGUAGAAACAAUCCCGACGAUCCAAACGCAUCAAGCCGGGCCAUCGGGAACUGGAUACUAAACUUUGCCACUCCGACUGACCUUCGGCUCAUCAAUACAGUGAUUCAAGGCAGCUGUAAACUCAUACAAAGUGCAAUACACCUAGCUGAACGCGGUUCUCUACCAUACUGCCCUACGCGUGUUAUCACCCGCGUCAUCGGCGUUUCCGUAUUCCUUCUCAAAGCUCUUGGCCUAGGCGUUGAAAGAGCAGUGUUCAAUAAGUCUUUGGACCAGCUUGAACAUGUGGUCCAGGCUAUCCGCAGCAGUACUUGGGACGACCUGGACCUUGCAAAACGUUAUGCCGAUGUCUUGCAUAAUCACAUCUAUCAACUCAAGAACGGCUCUGGUACACGAGGAUCCCAACAAGAAACGCCUAUUGCCGAGCAAAGCCAUGAUGACGCCUUGGCUGAGCGUGGAACAAGCAAUGAAAGUGGUGACAUCUUUGGUAAUAUACAUGUUCCAGAUGAUUGGCCCGAUUCACUUGCAUUUCUCGAUGCUUCUUUGGCUCCGUUCGGAAUCGCCACUGAUGAAAGCUCUGGGCUUGUCGGGCUGGGGGAUAGUGAUUGGAGUUUAUUAUGGAACAUUCCUUCAUUCUAUAUGCCCUCAUUUCCUCCCUGA